AUGAAACUCCAUUUUCUAUACUUCGUACUCUCAGCUUGGUGUUCACUGGCAGCUACCUCCUGCAAAUGUGCGCCGGAACAAUCCUGCUGGCCGUCCUCUAGGGAAUGGACCCGGUUCAAUGUUUCCAUUAGCGGCAAAUUGAUCGAAACCUCUCCAGUUGCUGAACCAUGCUACCCCGGCCCUGACAAUGACAAUGAAGCAUGCCUGGUCGUCAAGAAUAACUGGUCAAGCGCGACUUUUCAGCUUUCACAGCCUCUUGGAUACGCUUACCCCCUGAAUGAGUCGUGCCCACUCCCCAAUCCUGGCGACGAAGCGACAAACGCAAAGUGUUCACUGGGCCACUCUCCUAUCUACGCCGUGAAUGUUACUACAGAACAAGACAUUGCCCGAAGUAUCCGGUUUGCUCGAACGAAGAACCUUAGACUUGUCAUCAAAUCAACCGGGCAUGAUGCUAUGCAAAGGUCAACCGGUUAUGGAAGUCUUUCUAUCUGGCUUCACAACUUUCGUAAAGGUUUCCAGUUUCACAAGGACAAUCCAGUAUUGAGUGUCUGUCCCACAACAAAGUGGAAGGGUAGCACGUUGACCAUCAAUGGGGUAUACGCAUGGUCCGACAUCUACCCCGAAGCACAAAAGCGGGGUGUUAUAGUACUCGGGGGUCUCAACGUGGGUCCUUCCAGCACGGGAGGCUGGACUCAAGGUGGCGGACACGGUCCAGCCACCCGCUAUUUCGGGAUGGGUGCUGACCAAGUUGUGUCUGCACGCGUCGUACUGGCUUCGGGAAAGGUGGUCGUAGCGAACGCUUGCGAGAAUAAGGAUUUGUUUUACGCAAUUCGUGGUGGCGGUGGCGGUACAUAUGGCGUCGUUACCGAGAUCACCGUUAAAACCUAUCCCACGGCACAAAUUAGUACCAUUGAUCUUGUGGUGGGAUCGACGGGAGAGGCCACUGUAUCGAAGUUCCUAGAUGCUGUGGCUACAGUAUAUUCUUUACUUCCCGAACUCUCCAGACUCGGCUUUGCCGGCUACGGAAACUGGGUUGCUCGCUCACCUAUUCCGAUAGGAGCUACCGCCUACACGAAUCUUUACGGUCAUUCCUUUACGUUACUCGGAGCUACGCAACAAGAGGCCAUUAAGCUCUUCGAACCUUUCAGAGAGGAAAUCUCCAAGUACAGCAAGUCUGGAACUGGCCUUGAGGUCACUGUCAGCCCAUCUUCACAUAAAGAUUAUUGGGCUUACUACUUUUCCCGCCGAGACAACGAUGUCCCAGUCGGAGGUGUUUCGGCCCUGGCAUCCCGCCUGCUAGACACAGAGGCAUUGCAGGGAAGCCAACAAGACCUGCGCAAGGCUUUAGAAACAAUCUCUGGAGCAUCUCCAGUCUUUCACACAAUAGUCCACCACGGGCUCGAAGCCGCCUCAGAUGUCAAGGCAGAUCCAACAUCUGCUAUUCAGCCGGGCUGGUAUAGGUCUAUAAUAUUGGACAUUUUUGAGCUCCAAAUGAACGGAACUCAGGUUCAAUCCAACCUUGAGACUUUUGCUUAUUUACGGAACGAGAUUGUGCCAGUGUAUGAAAAGCUAUCACCACGCACUGGAACAUAUAUGAAUGAGGCUGACUGGGGUAACGUCAAUUCGAAGAAUGACUUUUUCGGGUCGAAUUGGGAGAGACUGAGCCAAGUAAAGGCAAAGUAUGACCCGGAGGGUGUGUUCUACUGUCCACAUUGUGUGGGAAGCGACAGAUGGAUUGAAGGAAAACGAGAUCUCUGCAGUGUUGGAUGA